GGUUAAUUUUCUGGUUUGGACAUUAAAUCAAAGGUUGAGAAAUUAAAAAACAAACACACUACCAGGAAAAAGAUUAAAUUAUAAUUAACUGUUGAUUGAGUUUUAUUAAUCAUUAUGAAAUAGAAACAGGUAAACAAAACUUUUAAUUAAAUUGAACGUUGAUUUUCAUUUAAGAUCCAAUAUAGUUAUCUUAAUUGUUUUUGUAAAAUACACACUAAACACUAAUUAAGUUAACAUGGCUGAAGUUUAUUCUGGUCUAAUCACAAUAAUAAUAUCACUAAUUAUGGAAAUACUCAAUUUCGGUUCACCGACUUUAAUCAACGAACAGAACCUUUCGAACAGUCGAUUUAAAAGGUCAACUAUCGAUUCAUAUUCGUCCUCUUGUCCAUCCAAUUAUUACUGUAUUCCUCGUUCACACUGUACACAAUCAGGUCACUUUAAUCCUGUUGAACGAUCGAUAAUCAGUUUGGCUUCAUGUCAAUCAGCUGAUUAUUCUUCAAGUGAUUAUGUUUGUUGUCCAUCGAAACCGGAAACCAAAGCUUCGUCUUCCGCUUUAAAAGUAGCCAAAUUGAUGGGGGAUAAGAUGAUUAGGAUUAUGUUGGAUAAACAAAGUGCUAAUCAGCAAAGUAAAACGUCAAGUCAAUCAUCAAGUGACAUACUCGAUGACACUUGGAUGGAUGAAGUUAUGUCUUCCCUUGAAAAUAUUAAGAACUAAUCAUUUAAUUAAUGUUAAGACAAUCUAAUUUACUAAAUCUUUGUAAUUCCCAAUUAACUGUUACAACUCAUGUAAUCUGGUUAAAAUUGAUUAAAUAUUAAACAACAACAAUUGCAAUUGA